GGGGCCUCACGCAGACACACCGUAUGAGUGUGGGCACUUUGCAUUUUCUAGGAGACUUCUGCUGCCCAGAGUCUCAUCCCGCCGAUGCAGACACUCGCGCCCAGGCUUCCCCAUGCUAGACGAGGAAUGCCCACCCAGAGCCAAUUCUCGGGGAAGAGUAGAACCGUUGAUAACAGCCAGAGCCCCCAAAGAAGACUACAACAGCCAAAGCCUGGAGGAAGGUUUGACUUGUGUAUCAACUCUCCAAAUGUAGGAAGCCAGAAUGAGUGACGUCACUAGCAAACUAUGUGGAACUGAUCUUGACCUGAAGUGAAGGACCCAGAGCCAGAGGCAGCUGUGGCCCCCCCGAGCCCAGGGAGUUGGCAGUGUCUGGGCUGCCCAGGACCCAGCAUCUUCUCCGAGUUGGGGUAUUUUGAAAUGAGGUUUUGCUGUACUGACACUCUUCUUGCUGCAAGAUCUGAGUGCUGUGACCACAAAUGUAACCAAGACUCUGAGGCGGCUAUGCAAUGUCACUUACAACAUUAAUCAGAUACCGCAUUUAAGUGCUGGUGCUGGUGGUUUGAUUUUCAGCAAGUGUGCCGGUGGCCUCCGGAGUGGUCAGCUCGGGGCUCUGAGGAGGAGCCAGAGGGAGGCUAGCACAUCAUCCCUGCACGCAGCCUCGGAGACACGGUGGAGGAGAAACUUCCCUUUCCAAUCCUGUUUUCCUGUUGAUAAAUUCACUUCUCACGACCCCAGUACAUUCCAGCUGUUCUGCGUCUGAUUUUUGGUGCGUGUGACAGUUGCAUGUGAAACUUGUGAGCAGGAAGACGGAAAAGGCUGUUGGUCUCCAUCGCCUUACAUAAAAAUGGCCGAGGGUCUUGUCUUGCUAGCUGUGCAUUGAGUGAUACGAACAGAUGGUGUUGUGGAGAUGAUGGAGGAGUCAGAACUGAGGAUUUCCAAGUGAUUUCUUUCAAAGCACGGAAUCGAACUCUUAAGGCGGGUCUGGCCUAACUGAGAUGACAGUCAUGUCCCUCUCCAGGGACCUCAAAGAUGAUGUCCACAGCGACACGGUGCUCUCCAUCCUGAACGAGCAGCGCAUCCGGGGCAUCUUGUGUGACGUCACCAUCAUCGUGGAAGACACCAAGUUCAAGGCCCACAGCAAUGUCCUGGCCGCCUCCAGCCUGUAUUUCAAGAACAUCUUCUGGAGUCACACCAUCUGCAUCUCCAGCCACGUCCUGGAGCUGGAUGACCUCAAGGCCGAGGUGUUCACGGAAAUCCUCAAUUACAUCUACAGCUCCACGGUGGUGGUCAGGACACAGGAGACGGUCACGGACCUGGCGGCCGCGGGGCGAAAGCUGGGCAUCGCGUUCCUGGAGGACCUCACCGACCGCAGCUUCGCCAGUUCCCCCAGCCCUUACGUGUUCUGCAUCACCGAGAAGGGCACCGUGAAAGAGGAGAAGAACGAGAGGCGGCCCGAAGAGCCGGCCGCCACCAACGGGCCGAGGAUCACCAAUGCGUUCUCCAUCAUCGAGACGGAGAACAGCAAUAGCAUGUUUUCCCCGCUGGACUUGAGGGCCAGCUUCAAAAAGAUGUCCGACUCCAUGAGGACGGCCAGCCUCUGCCUGGAGCGCACGGAUGUGUGCCACGAGGCGGAGCCCGUCCGCACGCUGGCCGAGCACUCGUACGCCGUGUCCUCCAUCCCUGAGCCCUACCGGAGCCAGCCCGCGCGGGAGCAGGACCGCGGCUCCCCGGACAGGGCGGGCCGGGAGAGCGGCGAAGCCCCCGCCACCCAGCCGAACGCAUGCCCAAAGCCAAAGAAACUCUCCAUACCCCAGGAUUCUGACUCCACCCCAGAAAACCUCGCAGCCCCUCCAGUAACCAGCCCCCAGGCCGACCGCGAGAGGAGUCCGCAGCCCGCCGCAGCCCUCCCUCGGGCCAAGUCCCCGGACAAGGAAGACGUUCCUCCGUCCCGCGAAGAUGCCGCCGCCGCCGCCGCCGCCGCCGCCGCCGCCGCCGCGCGUCCCUUCCCCGACGGGGCUGGGCCACCUGCCGCUGAGGUUCCACCGCUCAUCUACAGCUGCAGCUGCUGUUCCCAGUCCUUCGACAGCAGCACCCUGCUCAGCGCCCACAUGCAGCUCCACAGGCCCACCCGGGAGCUCCCCGUGUGCAGGUACUGCAACAAGCAGUUCACCACGCUCAACAGGCUGGACCGCCACGAGCACAUCUGCAUGAGGUCCGGCCAGCUGCCCGCCGCUGGGGAAGACCCCGGUUUUUUAGAAAAGUAUCCCACCAUAGGACAGAAUGGGGGAUCCUUCGCGAGCCCGGAAACCUUGCUACCCCAGCGCAGGACCGGUGAGCUGGCCGGUGCCGGCGGCGCCCUGCCGGACACGGACCACAUGGUCAAGUUCGUCAACGGGCAGAUGCUGUACAGCUGCGUGGUGUGCAAACGGAGCUACGUGACCCUGUCCAGCCUCCGGAGGCACGCCAACGUCCACUCGUGGAGGAGGACGUACCCUUGCCACUACUGCAACAAAGUGUUCGCGCUGGCCGAGUACAGGACGCGGCACGAGAUCUGGCACACGGGGGAGCGGCGCUACCAGUGCAUCUUCUGUCUGGAGACCUUCAUGACCUACUACAUCCUGAAGAACCACCAGAAGUCUUUCCACGCCAUCGACCACAGGCUCUCCAUCAACAAGAAGACGGCCAACGGCGGCCUGAAGCCCACCGUGUACCCGUACAAACUCUACAGGCUGCUGCCCAUGAAGUGCAAGCGGGCCCCGCUCAAGAGCUUCCGCGGCUCCCCCUUCGACGGCGCGCCCGACCCCCGGCCGCCGGCCGCGGGCCCCGGCCCCUCGGCCGCGCAGAGCGCGCGCCCCGCCGAGGCCCCGCCGCCCGGCUUCCCGGGCAGGGCCGGCGCCUUCGCCGCCUGCCCCGACCUGGCCCCGCCGGGGAGGCCCGCGGGCCGGGACACCGCCACCUCCACCGACAGACAGAAGGCGGAGGGCCCCGGCUGGGGGGCAGAGCCGCCCAAGGCCGACCUGGACCCGGGCUUCUACCCGGCCGAAGCCCCGGUGUCCUCCGCCGAGAAGGCCGUGGGGCCCGACGCGCCGGACCAGGCGGCGUCGGUGAUCAGCUACGGGGGCUCGGCGCCGUCGGUCAUCGUGCACGGCCGCCGCUUCUCCUCCGUGAUCGUGCACGGCAAGGCCGUGGCCGCCGUGGGCAGCGGCCGCGCCGCCGCGCCGCCGCCCGCCGAGCCCGCCGCCGGCCGGCCCCCGAGAGACGACGGCCAGGCCGAGGGCGAGAAGGCGGCCCGGCCGGCCGGCCGCCCCAAGGCCCCCAAGGAGAAGAGGAGACCCGCGCCGGCCGGCGAGGGGCCGGCGGCGGCCGGGGAGCCCGAGGGCGCGGCGGAGCCCGGAGGGGCGGCGGGCAGAGCCGCCGCGGACCCCGGCGGGAAGCCCGGCAAGACCGAGACCUACAUCGCCAAGCCCGCGCUGCCCGGGCCCUCGGCCGACAGCGACGUGGCGCCGCUGUGCCAGAUCACCGUGAAGAUCGGGAACGAGGCCGUGGUGAAGAGGCGCAUCCUGGGCUCCACGCUGUUCUACCGGCGGGGGAGGAGGGCCCGGCACGCCGCGCGCCCCGAGCCCGAGCCGGAGCCGGAGCCGCCGGGGCCCGGGGCCCAGCCCGCCGCGCCGGGGGACGGCGCCCCGGGGCCCGGCCCCGCCGCCGAGCCCGCCGAGCCCGCCGAGGCCUUCGAGGACGCCAGCGACCAGGACUCCACCGACAAGCCGUGGCGCCCGUACUACAACUACAAGCCCAAGAAGAAGUCGCGGCAGCUGCGGAAGAUGAGGAAGAUGCACUGGCGCAAGGAGCGCGGGCCCAAGAGCCCGGGCGGCGGCCGCGCGUCCCCGGCCGAGCUGGACCGCGCCCCGGCCAGGCCGGCUCCGGAGCGGCCGGCCUCCCGGGGGGAGGAGGACGAGGACGAGGAGGAGGCCAAGGAGAUGCCCAAGCUGCAGUGCGAGCUGUGCAACGGGGACCGCGCGGCGGCGGCGGCGGGCGGCGGCCCCGGGCGGCCCCACCAGCACGCCGCGCCCCGGCCCCACGCCUGCGAGCUGUGCGCCAAGCAGUUCCAGAGCCCGUCCACGCUGCGCAUGCACAUGCGGUGCCACACCGGCGAGAAGCCCUACCCGUGCCCGACCUGCGGCCGCCGCUUCUCCAUGCAGGGCAACCUGCAGAAGCACGCGCGCAUCCACCUGGGCCUCAAGGAGUUCGUCUGCCGGUUCUGCGGCAAGGCCUUCACCCUGAACGAGACCCUCAAGAUCCACGAGCGGAUCCACACCGGCGAGAAGCGCUACCACUGCCAGUUCUGCCUGCAGGGCUUCCUCUACCUGUCCACCAAGCGCAACCACGAGCGCAGGCACGUGCGCGAGCACGACGGCAAGGGCUUCGCCUGCUUCCAGUGCCCCAAGAUCUGCAAGACGGCCGCCGCGCUCGGCAUGCACCAGAAGAAGCACCUGUUCAAGGGCGCGGCCAAGCCCGAGAAGACGGGCGAGCCCGGCGCCGAGGGCCCGGGCCCCGAGGACGGCGGGCCGGCCGGGCCGGGCGGCGGGCCCUGA